CAAUGUUGACCUGCAUAGCCUGUUCGAAGCAACUCAACACCGCCGGAUCUCUCCAAGAGCAGCCGGAAGACGAAGACAACGCCGCCGUCUCCGCCGCUCUAACCAAGCCAUCCGCUAAAAGCCUCACUUCUCAGAUCAAGGACAUUGCUGUAAAGGCUUCAGAUGCAUAUAAGAGCUGCAAGCCAUGUUCGGGCUCGUCGGGCCGGGAUCUCGGCCGUACCUAUGAGGACUCAGAGGUCGGCUCGGCGUCUGAAAGGUUUUACGGCUCGUAUAGAAGAGCCGGCAGCUGCAACUCAACCCCACGCCUUUGGGGAAAGGAUAUGAAGGCUUUCUCCAGUGGCUCAGCCACGCCUGCUUCGGUUAGCAGUAGAAUUGAGUCAGUGUUGUUCUUGGAGGAAGAUGAGCCGAAAGAAUGGAUUGCGCAGGUCGAACCGGGAGUGUUGAUCACAUUUGUGUCGUCGCCUCGUGGUGGAAAUGAUCUAAAGAGGAUUCAAUUCAGCCGAGAGAUGUUUAAUAAGUGGCAAGCGCAACGAUGGUGGGCAGAGAAUUACGACAAAGUUAUGGAACUCUACAAUGUCCAGAGGUUUGCUAGUCAUGCUGCGCCGCUGCCAAAUCCACCAAGAACCAAAAACGACGAGGACUCGAAAAUCGAUUCUGCUGGGGAUAGCCCCGCGACGCCAUCUGUGGAUAAAGAGCAUUCGCCCCGAUACCACCACCCGACGGGAAUCAGUUCUCCAUCUACAGAUUCUCCCGAACAUCGACAAAUGCAUUCUCGUCCCAAUCCUGAAUCAGGCGGUCGUAACGCAGCUCCAAAGCUCUCCAGCAUCUGUGCUGCCAAAACCGAGACAUCGUCCGUCGACGCUUCUGCACGAUCGAGUUCUUCAGCAGGGGAGGAGUUCGACCACUCGGGAGAGCUUUCAGCGAGCAAUGCCAGCGAUUUAGAGAGCGAGUGGGUCGAGCAAGACGAGCCUGGAGUCUACAUUACGAUUAGAACUUUGCCAGGCGGCGCUCGGGAGCUUAGGAGAGUUCGUUUCAGCCGAGAAAGAUUCGAGGAAAUGCACGCGAGGAUGUGGUGGGAGGAGAAUCGAGCUCGGAUUCAACAGCAGUACUUGUGAUUUGGAUGGCGGAGCAAUGUGUAUCGAAAUGUUUCGGAUCGAAUUCUUUUCUUUUGAUCGUUUAGGCACAGUUCGUCGGGUUGUUGUUUUUCUGUUAUUCUGUAGCAUCGGUGAGUCAAGAAAGACGUUGAAUUCUAGAUCUCGAGAAAAUACUUUGCACAAAUUUGAGUUGAUCGAGCGCGUGUUUGAAUUUAUGUUGCUACGAACAAUCAAAUUUAUGGAGUUGAGUUUGCAAUUUCACGACACGAAUCAAAUUUUCGGAUUUGAAUAGAUCGAGUGGCGAGUUUGAAUU